CCAUGGUUGGGCGGGAUGGUGGGAGAGGGGCCUGUCGGGGGGGCGGGGCCAUCACCUGUCUGUCAGCGAGAGCGGGAGACGCCAUUGGUUGGUCAGAAAGGGCGGGAAACGCCAUUGGUCGGUCAAAAAGGGCGGGAAAAGCCCUCAGAGGGUCGGAAAGAGCGGGAGGAGCCCUUGGUCAGUCAGGACAGGUGGGGAAAGACCUCCGUUGGUCGGCGGGAAAAGCCGAUCGUUGGUCAGAAAAGCAUGGCUUCAUCCCUUGCAGAGGAGCUGGAUUGGUCUGUGCCAGCCGUCAUGGGGGAGCGCAGUGUGUGCUCCACUGAAGUGCCAGCUGGGAACAAGGCCAGCUUCAGGGAAACAAGUCUGUCUGGAUGUGAUAGCCACGUCCCCAGUUCUGAAGUUCUUGAAGCAAUAGAAAACGUUAUUCAAGGUGUGCUUCAAAGCUUGGCCCAAAAAAAAGCACCUGUUCUCACAGUGGCAAACAGAACAGACUGGAGGAACAUAGAAUUUAAAGAUUCUGUAGGUCUACAGAUGGUACCACGUUGUACUACAAAACAGAUAAGAAGUGACUGCCCUCAAUCAGCACCAAGAUUUGCUCUUAUGCUCAAAAUAUUAUCUAUGAUCUAUAAGAUGGUGCAGAGCAAUACUUAUGCAACUAAAAGAGAUAUAUAUUAUUCAGAUACUCUGCUCUUUGGUAGCCAAAGUGCUGUGGACAGUAUAAUCAAUGACAUUUCCUGCAUGCUUAAGAUACCUCGGAGAAGUCUGCAUAUACUGUCUACAACUAAAGGUUUUGUUGCUGGUCAUUUAAGUUACACUGAGGAAGAUGGUACAAAAGUGAAUUGUACCUGCAGUGCAACAGCAGUCUCUGUGCCAUCUAAUGUUCAAGGAAUUAAAAAUUUAAUCUCACAUGCCAAAUUUGUGUUAAUUGUAGAAAAAGAUGCAACUUUUCAGAGGCUCCUGGAUGAUGACUUCUUCAGCAAAGUGUCCCCAUGUAUCAUGGUUACGGGAAGAGGUGUACCAGAUCUUAAUACACGACUUCUGGUCAGGAAGCUGUGGGAUUCUUUUCAAAUUCCUAUUUUCAGCCUUAUGGAUGCAGACCCACAUGGUGUAGAAAUAAUGUGCGUCUACAAAUAUGGAUCUGUGUCAAUGUCUUUUGAGGCCCAUCAUCUCGCUGUUCCAUCUAUAAAGUGGCUUGGUCUCCUUCCAUCUGAUCUCAAGAGAUUAAAUAUAAGUAAAGAUGCCCUGAUUCCAUUUACAAAACAAGAUCAAAAUAAGUUGGCAAGUAUACAGAAGAGACCUUACAUUGCUUGUCAGCCACUGUGGAAAAAAGAACUGGAAAUGAUGGCAGCAUCUAAACUGAAGGCUGAAAUUCAAGUUCUAACUUCUCUCUCACAAGAUUACCUUUCCAGAGUCUAUUUACCAAACAAACUGCAAUUUGGUGGAUGGAUAUGAGCACUGUUUUGCAAAUGAAAUGCUUUUCUAUAUAUUGAUUUGUUUUGUUGACUGCUCUUAGAGAAAAUCCCUGCAGAGGCAGAGGAGUAUCUGUCAGCUUCUUGUAAGGUUUCUUUAUCAAUCCAGAUUACAAUUUUCUCUUUUUGCAGAA